AUGAGCAUAUUCCUCUCCUGCUUGACAUGCGGGCGGCGCAACCGCAAGAAUGCCGGUCCCGAUCCUCAAGCUAUCCCUCAAGGCACCGAAAUGGAGGUUCCCGACAUAGACGACACUGCCAUCGUCCCUGCCAAAGGGUUUCUCGGUGGUCUCAUUAAUGACGUCUUGUUGACCAUGCGCAACGAAUGUCAUCUUGCACGCUGCGUUCUUUUUGAAACUGCCCGACUUCAGAAAUCUUUACUUUCCGUGGGUUUACUGAAGCUCUCCGACGAUGCCCGCGUCGUCGACAUGCAGUUGAUCGAACUGGACAAAACCUUGGUACAUGGAGAUGAACUCAUCCACGGCUCCUGGGGGGAUGAAGAUAUAGAGAAACAAAAUGUCAUUCUUAAAGGAGACACGUUUCAGAAAGCUCUUCGUGCAGCUAAGAGGUCACUUCGGGAGUCAGACAAGACUUUCAAUGACCAAAUCCUGGGCGAACUAAAGAAUGGCAUGCAGAACAAAAAUAGCAUUGACUACAGACAGAUUGAUGAGAGAGUGAAAAAUUUGAAUAACGAAAUCCAGCAGAUUUAUAACAGGGUUACGACUACAUUUUCCCAGGAGGAGAGAAAGGCAUUAGGGCGAUGA